AUGUCUGAAGAAAACAGUAAGCCCAUCAUCUUUGCUCCGCAAACAUAUCAGUACCAAAAAGGUACUCUGAAUGAGAAAGACGUAACUGCUGAUCCUAUAGAUCAAUUUACUGCAUGGUUUAAGGAAGCCCAAGACGAUCCAACAGAAAAAAUCCCAGAGGCAGUGUCGUUAAGUACAGCUAGUCUUCCAUCAGGCCGAGUUUCCUGCCGUAUAGUGUUGUUCAAGGAGUUGGAUAAAAGAGGAUUUAUGGUCUUCUCCAACUUUGAUACCUCAAAAAAGAAGCAGGAUCUCGACACUAAUAAAUAUGCGGCCAUCACGUUUUUCUGGAGAAAUCUACAGAGACAGGUUCGUAUAGAAGGUAUUGUGGAGGAUGUGGGCUAUGAGGUGUCGUCACAUUAUUAUCAGACCAGGCCUAGAGGCUCGAAGAUUGGAGCCCAUGCAUCGAUGCAGUCGUCAGUGUUGAAAAAUGGCCGUGAAGAAUUGCAGGAUAAAAUCAACAGUUAUGGUGAUAAGUUUAAGGAUACGCCGGACAAUGAGAUUCCUUGUCCGGAGAAAUGGGGUGGAAUUAGAAUUGUUCCAUUAGAAAUCGAGUUCUGGCAGGGAAGACAGAGCCGUCUUCACGACAGAAUCACCUACAGAAGAGACACUAUAGAUGGAGAUUGGAAAACCUACAGACUAGCACCAUGA